AUGAACUCAUUAGUAGCAGAUUAUGGAGACGAAACAGACACUGAUUCGUUGGAAAGUGAUCACAAUCUAGAUGAAAACGCUAAGGAUAUGAAGUCAGUUGAUGAGUAUAAAACUGAGAAUAAGCUUCCUGCACCAAGAUUUAAAGAUACUGGUAUUAUCAAUGAAUCUGUCUUCAGAAAUCCUUACUUGGAAGCUGAACGAGCUAAAUGUGCAGUAUUAGAAAAACAUGUGAAAAUGGUUCCUGCCAAGGACCACCUCACAAAAGUUAACGGAAAAAAUAUAUGUUGGAUGAACAAAAAAGGUCGUUGUCGUUUUGGAAAUAAAUGUAAAUUUGCUCACGAUUCAGAAUUAUUUAAUGGUCCAAAUAUAAUAGAUGAAGACAAAUCAAAUAUGGAGAGUUCAAAAUUAAAUAAAAAAAUGAAAAGACCUGGACUAUCACAAACUUUAAUACCAGGAAAAAAAAUACUUAAAAUAUUUAAAAAAACAGAAAUGUCUAAUGUGCAUUCAUAA